CAAAUUGCGUGCUUUGCUCCGCGGCGAGGCUUUUCAGCUGGUUUAGCCAAACAUCCACAGAAAAAGAGAUGAGCAGGAAAACGAGACGAAGAAACUGAGAACAAUGUAACGUCACACAAAGCUAGGAAGAAAAUCUGUUUAGGUGGUACUUUGAAACCUCAGCUCAUAGUAUUCUUUACGCCCAGGGAGUGACGCUUCGCUUGGCGCUUGGUAUGACCAAACACAGGUUAUCAGCCUCGGUGUGACAGUGGAUAGGUUCAGGGGUCCAGCAUUUAGUAGUUAUACCCAAAUUUUCGAUGUAAUAACGGGGAACUUCUUAACUUGGAAUAUUCCUGCUGGGGUUGGGUGCAUGGGUGUUGUGCUGACUGCAGGUUCUUGUCAUGGUGGACUGGUUUGUCUGAGCCUGAAGCUAGCAUAGCUUCCCAAUCAUUUCAUAUAGCAUGUUAGCAUAUGGCUAGCCACUUAUGGUGACAGAUCAGGCCGUCAUCCUCCUCCCCUCAUCACCAUCUCUGGCCCCUACAAGGGGGUAUAAAGUGGUAGGUAGUGGUGCCCCCUUACUCUGCCAUCUUUUCAUUUCUCUUUUAUUUGGUCAUCUAUCCAUCCACCCUUCACUUUUGUGUUGUACUAAGCACUCAAGCUAACUAAGCUCUUUUCCUUUUUAUGAGAUCCUCUUCAUCUUCUAUCUGUCCUAGUUCAUCUUAAAUUGCAGCAGCUCAGCCCCUGCCCUCUUUAAAGUCAAACCCCAACCUCGGUUUAAUUCACAUUUUGGCCCUGGGUUUGAGUACCCGAACAUCUGACAGUCCAGCCACUAGGCAGUUGUUUUGGUAGUUGUUUAGGUUGCAUGGAAUCGGCUUAACCGUGGAGAGGCCAGGCUACCACAAACUGAUGGACUUUGACAAGCGAGGAGUGGGGGGAGGAGGGGGCGGCGGCGGUGGGGGCGGCGGAGGCGGCGGCGGUGGUGGUGGUGGCGGUGGAGGGAAGGCGGAGACAGAGGAGGCGAAGAGGAUGUCUGCAAAGACGGGGAGUCGAUCAGGGCACGGUGGCCGGGGUGCCGGCUCCAACUCUGGGGUUCUAAUGGUCGGACCAAACUUCCGGGUCGGAAAGAAGAUCGGCUGUGGGAACUUUGGAGAGCUGCGACUCGGAAAGAACCUGUACACCAAUGAAUACGUGGCAAUCAAACUGGAGCCUAUUAAGUCGAGGGCGCCGCAGCUCCACCUAGAAUAUCGUUUCUACAAACAGCUGGGAACUUCAGAGGGCGUUCCCCAGGUGUUCUACUUUGGACCAUGCGGUAAAUACAAUGCAAUGGUUCUGGAGCUACUGGGACCCAGCUUAGAAGAUCUGUUUGAUCUCUGUGACCGGACCUUCUCUCUAAAGACUGUACUCAUGAUAGCCAUACAACUGAUAACCCGUAUGGAGUUUGUCCACACCAGAAGCCUGAUCUAUCGCGACGUGAAGCCGGAGAACUUCCUGGUGGGCCGACCCGGCUCCAAACGGCAACACACCAUCCACAUCAUAGACUUUGGCCUGGCGAAAGAAUACAUAGACCCGGAGACCAAGAAACACAUUCCAUACAGAGAACACAAGAGUCUGACUGGAACCGCGAGAUACAUGAGCAUCAACACACACCUGGGGAAAGAGCAAAGCAGGCGGGAUGACCUGGAAGCUCUGGGCCACAUGUUCAUGUACUUCCUGCGAGGCAGCCUACCGUGGCAGGGACUCAAGGCUGACACUCUGAAAGAACGUUAUCAGAAGAUAGGAGACACGAAGAGAGACACACCAAUAGAGGUCCUCUGCGAAAAUUUCCCUGAAGAGAUGGCCACCUACCUGCGGUACGUUCGUCGGCUCGACUUCUUCGAGAAGCCGGACUACGACUAUCUGAGGAAACUCUUUACGGACCUCUUUGACAGAAACGGAUACAUCUUUGACUACCAGUAUGACUGGACUGGAAAGCCGCUGCCCACCCCUAUUGGUCCAGUGGCCAGUGAGACGCCACUUCAGACGAGCAACCGAGAGAAAGCGCCUCAAACCAAAAACCAGUCUCCAGAGGGGAAAGGCAGCGAGUCCCAGCCGACUCCAGUGACCAAUCGAGAGCUGCUGGGCUCCCAUCUCACUGCUGAUAGGCUGGGAGGGUCUGUCCAGGUGAUGAGUUCAACCAAUGGGGAGCUGAAUACAGACGACCCCACUGCAGGACACUCCAACGCACCAAUCACAGCCAACGCAGAGGUGGAAGUGGCUGAUGAUACCAAGUGCUGCUGUUUCUUCAAGAGGAGGAAGAGGAAAACUCUCCAGAGACACAAAUGAAAACGAGAGCGAAACCCUAGUCUCCGCCCCCCCCUUCUCUCUCUCUCUCUCUUUCUCUAGCUCUCUUCAUAUAACCCUCCCCCCCCCCCAGUCCCCCUCUGACCCUCCUCCUCUGCUGCUGCAGGAGGUCCUGUGGUCCACCUUGGGUCGGCUGGACUGGCUGGACCGCCGUGCAGCAGAACAUGUUUGCUAAGCUGGUUUAUUCUGCUCUGGACUGACCAGACAGAAAGAGAGUAACAUGUGUUCCACAACUGAGCUUUAAAUGUGGACUAACUGUACCAGCGGCGGAGUCUUAAUGUAUUUAUGGUCACAAACAGAACUGAAACUGCAUCUACACAAACUUCUUCGGAAACAAGUGACCACAAGUGAACGAACAGCCGAUAGACUGUAAGCUGAUUGGCUGACGAGACUUAAUUCAACGGGUUAACUGGCGGACCGCCUAGUUCUCUAUUUUCUUUGUUUUUGAUUUUUUUUUUUUUUCUUCUUCCUUACUGACUGGUUCAGAGGAGAGACGAGCGUAUUUCUGAGGAGAUACAGAAGAGAGGACGACAAAAGGAUCGGAGGAAAUGACUGUCGGACCACAUAUACAUAUAUACAUGCGCUGCACACUUUCUCAUCAUAAAGAGACUUCAGAAAAGAUCCAGCUCUCUCACACACACACACACAUAGUACUAUAACGUUUUUAUUCCCUAGGGUCAAAGGACUAGUGAGCGGCUCGGUCUGUUUCCUGCAACAGAUCGGGCUCGGUGUACUUCUCAUCCUCAGAGGGAAAAACCUCACAACCACCAGAAUCAAGAGUUUAAAAAAGAUGUUUAUGUGAAAACUAUGCUUUAUUUUUUUUUUUUUCUCCUCCUGUUUUAA